AUGCCCUCCCCCAACCUUUCCCAGUCUGGUCAAUUUCCAAUGGAUGCUCCGUCGGACGAUUUUCAGAAUGGCACAGGGAUGUCGAACAUAAGCGGGGAUUACCAUGGCGCUGUCGCGUCCGACCCUUCCUUGGGACAAGGUGUGGGCGGAUCCGAUGUGAUCGCGGAGGGAAAACAGAAUGCGAAAGCUGUUCUCGCGGCAUCAGGCGUGUCUCUUACUUCUCCUGAAUCGAGCCAUGACGCGUCAAAUGGCGCCUCUUCAAAGCCGAACAAUGCCAACGGAUCCGCAUCGAGCAAGAAACGAUCCCGGGACGGUGCUGUUAUCCACCAACCAUCUGCGGAUGGCCUCCCCGUGCGCGUACGUGAGACGCCAGCCGAUAAGAUCCUUCUCGAGGAUUAUGUCAAUCGUGAAUUUCACCAUUCUGCGUUAGCGGCAUGGCAGAACCCUAGCCAGGAGCUUUUGCAGCAGAAGCGUGCCGAGCGCGAUUACUUUUUGGCAGUACGGCGGGAGAACCACCUGAACCCGGCAGCUCUAUAUGGCGUUGGCUACGAGGGCUUCGGGAACCAACGUACCGACCUGCGAAAUCAACACCCCCAGCUGUUGUACCCCGCAAAUCGACGCCGUCCAGGCAAUAGGCGGACUAGGGAACUCCGAAUCUCCCGCAAGGAUUUGAAGGCCCAGAAUGAACAAGUCGAAGAUUUGGUGCCCAUUCGUUUAGACAUUGAUUGGGAAAAGAUCAAGAUCCGCGAUACAUUCACAUGGAAUCUUCAUGAUCGCGUGGUUUCCCCUGACUUGUUCGCGGAGAAGCUAGUGGAGGAUCUUCGCAUCCCUCUUGAGACGUGUGGGCCGUUGGUACGAUUGGUCUCUCAGAGUAUCCAGGAGCAGCUGUGCGAUUAUUACCCUCAGAUAUUCAUGGAGGAAGAGCCGCUCGAUCCCCACCUUCCAUACAGCGCCUACAAGAAUGAUGAAAUGCGCAUCCUCGUCAAACUCAACAUCACGAUUGGCCAGCAUACUCUGAUUGACCAGUUUGAGUGGGACAUCAAUGACCCCCACAACUCUCCCGAGGAGUUCGCGGCACGAAUGACCGACGAUCUGUCUCUUUCUGGCGAGUUCACAACGGCAAUUGCGCACUCAAUUCGCGAACAAUCCCAGCUUUUCACCAAAUCCCUCUACAUCCUCUCUCACCCAUUCGAUGGGCGCCCAAUCGAUGAUCCUGACCUGAAGACCGCAUUCCUCCCCACUCCCCUAUCCUCCUCCUUUAGACCCUUCCAGGCGGCGAAGGAGUUCACGCCCUAUUUGUACGAGUUGAACGAAACAGAGCUUGAGCGGACCGAGGUGUCGAUAUCGCGAGACCAACGUCGGCAGAAACGGUCCGUCAACCGCCGCGGUGGGCCCGCACUGCCUGACCUGAAAGAUCGUCAACGGACCAUUCGGACCCUGGUUGUUUCGACCGUCAUUCCCAAUUGCGCAGCUUCCUUGGAUGAGAGCAACGUCUACAAGCGGUCUGGCUCAAGCCGUCACAGACGUGCUGCCGUCGGACUUCGUGACACCGGAGAGGAGUCGGAGGAGUCGGACAGCGAUGAAUCGUCAAUAACUGGCUCACCUGCUAUUGGUCCACACCUGGCUCAAGGCACCGCGCGUACGAGAGGCAUGAGGGGAGCUGCUAGCGCAGCACAUGCAGCACUACGGGCGAGUCUAGGCCAGUCCGCCACGCCGGAGCCGCAUAACGAGGCGAGAGGAGCUAGUCGGAGGCGUGAUUACCGCGAGGAGAGCGUUGUGGAAGAGCCGGAGAAGUUGAUCGUGAAGGUCAAAAUCUCCAAGGAAAAAUUCCGGCAAUUCCUCACGCAUGGCAUCCGGUCGAUACAAGGUCUUGCGACACCGGCGGCGCAACCGCCAUCCCAGCAGAGUACUCCCCAAGUCCAGACUCCAACCCCGAAUCCCAUGGCUCCUCCCGCCGCUCCUCAGCCUGAGGUCCGGGUCCCGAGCGUGCCUCCUCCCGGACAACGACCAGUCCCAGCUCAACAGAUCGGAGCUGUAGAUGCUCCUCAACCCCCUCAGCCAGGAGUCCCCGGGCCCCCGCCUCCAAGUUGGCUUGCAGCGGGACUAGCACGGUUAAAACUCUCCUACCCGAACGACUCUUUCGAAGGUGUUAUGCGUUACACUGCUGUUGAUACCGAAACAAUGCUGCCGGUCGCGAAUUCCAAUAGUCAGCCCGGCCACAAACUGAAAUACCAAUACCUACCACGCAUUCGCUGCCACGACUGUCCGGGCAAGUUGUACACCCCGGGCCCUGGCACGACAGUCGACAACUUCGAGGUCCAUCUCCGAAACAGACAGCACAAGGAGCGCGUGGAAGAGCGAGUUGCGAAGACGAAAGCAGCAGCAGCCGCCGAGGGCAACGCACCAUAAUAAUUAACGAAUGAAUGAUGGAGCCGGGUUUCUUUUUCCCCCCCCACCUUCUUCUGCAUCAAUGUAAACUUUACUCUCCUUCUUUUUUACUCCCUUGUCGCGUUCACUAUUGGUACCGAUUGAUCUCUGGUCCCAAUCAUUGAUGUAUGUACAUGACUGAGCGACUGUUCUUGGUCGGCUUGGAGCCCGUCCAUAUUCAACUGGUUUUCAUCCCUCCAUACAUUUUUCAUCUUGGAUGUACCAUCAUGCUCCUGGUCUCUGAUUCGUGAGUUGGACAUGGAUGUUGAUGCUUCUCUUCUCUCAUUAUAUCCUCCUUUCCUUCUCUUGCCUCCCAUAUAUCUCAUGGUCGGCGUAAAUAUGGUCUUCUUUUUUUUUGCCUUUCCAUCCAUUGUUGUCAGCGUUCAAGAGAUCAUUCCACCACCUACCUACACAUCUACACACCUACCUACUACCUAUCUACAAAUAAAAUCAAAGGUACCUAACUGUUGAC